AUUGAGAUGUAGGACAGAGUGUGGAUGCUCCAACUUGUACCCAUACCAUGGCGUGUCUACUCGCGCCACUUCGUCCCACCUCGCCCUCACUCUCAAUCCCUCGAACCAGAUUUGGGGCCAAACCUCCGUCCAACGCGGCCCCCGCCCCGAGUCGACUUAUUCACAACUCGAUGAGCCAACCCGCAGCCGAAGGCAAUCCGGACGUCCCAAAGUCCGACACCACGGACGUCCUGGUUCAGUACGUCGUGCUCCGGCGAGACCUAAUCGACACGUGGCCGAUGGGCAGCGUGGUCACACAGGGCUGCCAUGCUUCCGCGUCCGCCAUUUGGUCCCACAAAGACGACCCCGUCACCCUCCAGUACUGUGGCCCGGAAAACAUCGAUUCUAUGCAUAAGGUUACUCUUGAGGUGAAGGGUGAACCCCAGAUAUUGAAUUUGUCAGAGAAGCUGAAAGCAGGUGGCAUAGCGCACAAGCUGUGGAUUGAGCAACCCGAAAACUUCCCAACCUGUCUCGCCACAAAGCCCUACCCCAAAUCCGCGGUAUCGGCGUAUUUUAAAAAGUUGAAACUCUGCAAGUGAAGUUACUGUCAUCCUCAUUAGUCCACAGCCAUGAAUUGUGUACGAGUUUCAAGGUUAACUUGUUCGUUUAUGAAUAGGUUCAUAGGAUUUUUUUUCAGUUGUUCUUUCAGUUUAUGUUGAAUGUGUUAGAACACAGUUGGAGAAAUAGCAAUCCUAAUUGGUUAAGAAGUAAAAUCCGGAAGGCGGUUCGAUUCA